AGCACAGCGGCAUUGCUGACAGAGAGAGGAGUCGCGAGACAAAUCAAAUCCGCGGUCACCGCCUCGCGGCCGCUUCUCGCAGUUCAGCUCCCGAGCGCGCGCUGAGCAGCGCAAGUGUUCACGUGCUCGUAAAGGGCUGUGUACUGCUUCCUUCGAAGUUUGGGACGCACCGAGUCAUCCGGAGUUUGCUCGUCGCUGGCACUGGGAGUAUUCCGGCUGUCUACCCAGGAGCAAGUUCCGCUGCGAACAUGUUCAAAUAUGUACAGUAUGGAUUUUAGGAGGACGAAGUUCAGCAGGUUUAUGAACAACCGAGUCCCAUCUAGCAAGAGAUACCAGCCAACUGAAUACGAGCAUGCUGCCAACUGUGCCACCCAUGGAUUCUGGAUCAUUCCCAGUAUCCUGGGCAGCUCUGUGUUGUACCUUCUUUCUGAUGACCAGUGGGAGACCAUCUCUGCAUGGAUGUAUGGGACGGGUCUGUCUGGGCUGUUCAUCAUGUCCACCAUGUUCCACACGGUGUCCUGGAAGAAAAGUCAUCUCAGGAAAGUGGAGCAGCGAUUUCACAUGUGCGACAGGAUGGUGAUAUAUUUCUUUAUUGCUGCAUCUUAUGCACCCUGGCUGAACCUGAGGGAACUAGGACCCUGGGCUGUGCACAUGCGCUGGUUGGUGUGGAUCAUGGCCUGCGCUGGCUCUGCCUAUGUCUUCUUCUUUCAUGAGAAGAACAAGAUAUUAGACUUACUGUGCUACACCGCCAUGGGAGCUGUUCCUGCAGUUGUUCUUCUGUCAAUGCCUAACAGAGAGGGCAUAUUAGAGCUGUCAGUGGGCGGAGUCUUCUACUGCCUGGGAAUUGUCUUCUUCAAGAGUGAUGGCCUCAUCCCAUUCGCUCAUGCCAUCUGGCACGUCUUCGUGGCAGUGGGGGCAGGCAUACACUAUUAUGCCAUCUGGAGGUACUUGUAUACAACGGGGACCAGCCAAAUAAAAAAUAUCAAGGUGACAGAUGUAAAAGAUCUGACACAUACAGGGUUUGUUGAGCUAUAAAAGACAGUGUAUUUGAUCAUGUGCUGCCUUUGCAUCCCUCUAUAUUAAUCAUAGACGGGCACGUUCCAGUACUGUUGGUCUAAAAUACAUUUUUCUAUAGAAGGAUUUCUGUCCUGUUAACUGGCCAGUCUAUUUUUGCAGAUGUGGUCUUAACCUGUUGACAUAAUGUACUGUAUCAGCUGUCAGUGUUUACAGGGAAAUGUGUGUAUAAUACAGAAAACAUGAAUAACAUUCCACAUCCUUUAACUGAGCUGUCUACUGCCUUGAUAUGAACUCCCAUAAUCAGCCUGUGCUUGUGACUAAUGUAUUGAGAUUCAUUGGCAUCAAGCAGAAUAAUGUAAUAAUUAAUAAUAAUUAUUCGUGCUCAAUUAAUAAAAUUGGUUAUUAUUAUUAUUCUCAAAGUUUUGCUGUUUAAUAUUUUUUUGUGGAAACUGAGAUGCAUUUUUUCAGGAUUCUUUGAUGAAUUGAAGGUUUCAGAAAUGUAUUGCCAUUCUUUACCUCUUUUUUAGUUGUUUUAAUUUUUUUUAAAUCUUACCCUGAACCUUUGAGAGGUAAUCAGUUUCCACAAAAAUAUAAAGCAACACUUUAUUAUUGAUCAUAAUAAUGUUUCUUGAUCACCAAAUCAGCACCAAAUUAUUAUCCACAUGAAAGUUUAGCUCCCACAGAGCCAUUUGAUUCGUUAUUGGGAGCGAGCCAUGCACAGAAGCUCACAUGGAAACUAGCCUUCAUGAAUGAGGUUU